AUGUGGAGGAUAAUAGUGUUGUGGACCGUGAUCAUGGGUCUAGCUACCAGUGACAUGGUUAGCUAUGAAGGUUACAAAGUCUUCACCAUUUACCCAUCUGUUGAUAAGCAACUGAAAUUACUUCAAAUGUCCAUGAAACAAUACAGUUCUUGGUUCUGGAAACAACCAAGUACGCUAGACAAAGAAGUUCAAGUUAUGAUACCUCCGAGUCAGCUCCAGACUUUUUAUGAAGUUGUACACGUUACGAAUACACCCCUUAAACUCGAAAUUAACAAUGUCCAAAAACUAAUUAAGAAUACAAUACCUGAGAAUCAAUCGCAGGGUUUUGAUUUUCAAAACUAUCAUACUCUUGAAGAAAUCUACGAGUAUCUGGAAGAGCUGGCUAAGAAGUAUCCCAAUAAAGUACAGGUCGUUGUAGGCGGGAAAACAUACGAAGGACGCCAAAUUAAGGGUGUUAAGAUAACUAAUCACGAAAACAGUCCUGGAAUCUUCAUCGAAGGUGGCAUACAUGCCAGGGAAUGGAUUUCUCCGGCAACUGCCAUGUACAUUUUGCAUCAAUUAUUGACUAGUACAAAUUCGAAAGUGAAAUUUGUAGCUGACUAUUAUAAUUGGUUUAUUUUUCCAAUAUUUAAUCCCGACGGAUAUGCGUUUACAUUUAAUAAGACUCAUGGGGACCGAUUAUGGAUAAAAUCUCGCAAACCGUACAGUCCUAAUUGCAUUGGAGCAAAUCUCAAUAGGAACUGGGAUUUUCAAUGGAAUACUUCUGGUGUCAAUAACAAUCCUUGUAGUGAUAUUUUCCCCGGGAGUAAAGCAUUCUCAGAAAUAGAGAUGAAAACUAUGUCCGAAUAUAUAAAAUCCGUGAACGACCAAUUAUACGCAUAUAUCGCGUUCCAUAGUUAUGGCCAACACUUAAUGAUUCCUUAUGGUUAUACAAAUGCACAUAUCUCCAACUAUGAUCAUUUGCAUAAUAUCAGCUUGAAAGGAAUCGAAGCUCUUAGACAGAAAUAUAACACUGUGUAUGAUACCGGAUGUAUUGGCGAGCUUUUUACUAAUUUGCCGAGCGGUAUUAGUGUAGAUUACAUGGCAGGUGUUUUAAAUAAAUCCGUUGUCUAUCUCUACGAAUUGCGCGAUAAGCAUGAAUACGGCUUCUUGUUGUCACCUGAGUACAUUAUUCCAACUGGAGAGGAGACUCUAGAUUCUCUUGUAGCUAUGUUUAACGAAUUAUAUCAUCUUGACUAUGCUAAAAAUAAUUAA